AUGUUUGCUCAAUCUGCUUUAAGAUCUACCAGAACUAUUCCAUCUAGAAUCAUCACCAGAAGAAACUUCCAAGUUUCUUCCAAAAAAUUGGACAUGAAUACUCUUGUUUAUGGUCAUGCCAAAGAAGGUGUUUACACUAACUUGCCAUUCAAAGUUCAAAACAGAAAAUUCAUUCCAUUUGCUGUUUACUACUGGGGUGUUAUGGGAUUCUUCUUUGCUUUCCCAUUCUUGACUUCUUGGUGGCAAUUGAAGAAAUCUGGUGCUUUUAACCAAACUGAAUAA